AUGUUCCAGCGUUUCACCAGACUCUUCUUCAACGAGGGACCAGCCAGCGAUCCCGAAGAACCAAAAGCCAUUGUGGCAGAUGAAGAGGAUGAUGGGUGGCUAAUUAUUGAUAUCAAUGGUGAGCCCAAAAAAAAAAAAUCUGUUUUCCAUAGUUAGCAGCAACCCGUUGCACUACCUACCAAAACCCUUCCUCUGCAGGGACUUAACUUGCUGUGAACCGUAUUUCCCUUUAAAACAGACUUAUGUUACAUCAAUGAUGUUGUCAUAUUCUGAUAGAGCAGUGAACAUUGCUUUUUAUUUAAUUAUGAUUUAACAUUUGUAUAACGUCAAAAACACACACGCUUAAAGUCUAAGCUCAUAUAAAAUAUAUUAAAGUUUUGGUUAGGGAUAACUUUUUAUUUAGCCAGUGACAUAGAUACAGAUGGUAUCCCACUCACCACCACACGUGUGUCUUGCUUUAUAAACCCAAGGCAUUAUGGGAGAAUUAAUCACCUGAUUAACACACAUACCUGCAGGUUCUGGAGGUGGCCUGGAAAAUAAACAGAUUAAUAUACUCACUUUAACAAAACUCAAUGGUAAUAGGCCAAUUAAUCAUUGAACUGUUCUUGAAAUGUCAAGAAUCAAGAAAUCCAUGUUUCACUUAAAGGAACACUAUAGCAUUCGGGAUACACACCUGUAUUACUAACGCUAUAGUGUUCCUGUCCCUAGUUCUAUAGGUCCAUCCAACCCACCCCCUGGGGAAUAAAGGGUUAAACAUACUUUUUUCCUUACCUUAAUAUCCAGCGGCAAAACGUCUUCAGCGCUGGUUACGUCUCCUCCCGCCGUGAUGUCAUGGCAGUAGCCGAACCCAAUGCUCGUGAUGUGCGUGCAGUAAAGCUCCCCCGUAGGAAAGAAUUGAAUCGAGGAUUUCCCAUGGGGAAUUUGAAGACGUUUGUUGCAAAGCGCGAGGACGUCCAACGUCAUUUCACAUAGUAAAACUCCACUAGGAAGUGCCCUAGUGGCUGUCCAGAAGACAGCCACUAGAGGUGGACUUAACAUUGCAGUGUAUACAUUGCGGUUUCUCUGUUUAACCCUGCAAUGUGAAACAUUGCUGUUUCAGACAGAACCACUGCACCCAGACCACUUCAAUGAGAUGAAGUGGUCUGGGUGCCUAUAGUGUCUCUUUAAUCCUAUUCAUUACGCUGUAAUGAAAAGGGUUAAUGGAAACAGGGAGUUACAGUUGCAGAGAUUUUUGGAAAAUACUAAAACUGUAUGUUUACUCUCUGUUUGUGAAGCUACAUUCUAGAAGAAUCAAUUUGUAGUUCUCUCUCAUAGCUUCGAAUUAAUGAAAAGCCAUGCUGUUUCCAUAAUUUCUUUCCCUGAACAUUCUACUACUAGACCUGGCUUGGAGUUUAUAUUAUGUGCACAGCACCAGGGUUGGCUGAGAAUUUUUCAGAUUUGCAGCAGACAGGAAAUUCAAGGGAGAGAAUUUUGUUCCUUUUUUUAAUAUGUACCUAUUUACCUUCACCUUAUAAUGCAUUUAAUUCAUAUAGUAAUUCAUUAAAAAGUGUGAUCUGUUCCAGCCUAGAGAAUCCCUUUAAUAAAACUUAAACCAAAUAAUACAAAUGAAAUAUUGACAAACAUAAUAGAUCUACGUCACUGCUUUAUCAGAAUAUAACCAUAUCCCACGUAUCAUAGGUACACUUUUCAAAAUGUUUGGACUUUAAUUUGCACGUUUUCAGUUGCCAUUCGGUUUGAUAAUAUAUGAAGAUAUGGAAAUAAUGCAUUAACAGAGUAAUGACAAAUAACCAUUGUCAUUUCAAGUAACCCGUCAUAAUUACAAGCAUGAUAUAGUAGGUGCACACAAACUACUAGAACCAUAAUCUGCUAGCACAAAAUGGCUGCUUACAAGUGGCAUCUUAUUCUUUCAUACAUAUACAAAAGUAGCCUGAAAUGGCAGGUAGACUCAAGAUACAUCUUAUAUAGCUAAUAAUGCCUGUUUUAUCCCUUGGGUAUCUAUCACUUUAAGGGUUUCUGAAUCGUACCCCAGAGGUCAGUCUUAAAUUAGCAUUGGGCCAAGCAUGACCCCUCCAAGACACUUGAUAUUGUGUUGAAUAAGUAGGUGUCAAGGCUGCACAUAUGAAGAUGUAUUUAACCACGAUUCUAGGCAGCCUGACUUUUUAAAGAGACUAUUGCUUAUACAGUUGUUCUAUUGUCAGUCAGAACAGUAAAUACUGAAGCAGCAAACUGGCCGUGUAAAGAGGAUACGAAUGUAAACAAGAGAGAUAAGUUGCAUAACAGACUGCGUUAUUAAUUAUCCUUCCCCUUGUUUUACUGGUGUGAUUAAUAGAAUGGUGGAAAAUAUCCACUCCCUCAUUUUUUUUGAAUGAGCAGUUUCUGUGCCAUUACAGCAGCGAAGAGAUGGUUACUAUACCAUUCCUCAGACUUCCUGAGUGUUUUGGGUCCUCAUAGUUAAGUUUUUAUAUGGAAACUGAUAAAACCUAAAGCAUUGUGGGUUUAUGAGGCACUGGUUAAGAAGUCAAAAAAUUACAGGGUUCACAGACGCCAUCACUAACCUAGGCAGAUACAAGUUGCAGGUUAUAUUAUGCUUGAUUUGUGUAGAUAGAAUGACUAGACGACCCCCUUUAUAAAAGGUACAUAUUGCAGCAUAACACCGAUACAAUGCUAGUCUUUAGUGUGCAAUAGAAAUAGAAAUAGUAUUGGUAGAUAAGACUUUUUGAACAAUCCAAUACAUCCGUUUCCAUCGGAGUCCUGUGAAAGGUGAGAUUUUGUUCCAUAACUUAUAGCGACUUCUGUAUAUUUCAAACCCCUGGCAACUGUAAGAAUACUGGGAAAGAGUACAGUUAAAGUAGAAAAGGGAAUUGUCAAAACGUAUAAUAAAUCUUUUAGAUACAAACAGAUGGGUAAGUCCAUGCGGAAGGUCAACUGGUUCACAUAUAGACAUUCUAACUCCUAAGUUCUCAGUCAAUCCUGAAGGCUUGUCAAUUUUGCAGGUUCCUAAAGUCUCCAGCUAUGAACACAGGUGGGAUUAGUAAAUUUACUGUAAUCCACCUGUGCUUUUAUAGCGGGGAUCUCAAACCUUGUGAAGUCUGUGAUCUGAGAACUUAAGGCUUAGUGUUUUGUUUUUUUUCCAACUUUUGGACCUACUAAUGUGCUGCUUUCUCUCUUGGCUGGAAAUUUACAAAAAUCCAUAUGUGAAUGAAGGCAUUAAUAACCCCAAAGAGGUCAAAUCAUAUUCUAAACUAAUAUCGCCUUCCUUAUCAUUUUUCCCAUCCCACCCUUCUCCUUGGCAAUGUAUGCGUGUGGUCUUCCAUCUUUUCUUUCUCCUAUGGCAUGGAUUAUUCCCUUCCUAAUUGGACUCCUUCUCCAUAUCAGAUAGCUAUGCCUUGACCUUCAGUGAGGAUGAUGGGUCACGAGGGCCGGAGGAUGAAAACCCUCCCAGCCCAUUGCCCCACUCCCUAGCUGAGAGGAUUGGCUGGUCCAUCCCACCCCACCCACCCCACUCGAUGGACGAGAGCUGGUUUGUUACCCCUCCCCCCUGUUUCACCGCAGAGAGUUCGGGCCACACCGAGGUUGGAAGUAGUCCAUUGGAAGACCUGCUGAUAGAGCAUCCAAGCAUGUCGGUGUAUAUUACCAGUGGAAGCAUUGUGGUGGAACAAGACACUUCCGAAGUAAUCAGAGACCGGUAAGAACAAAGCAAAACUGUGACCUGUCUAUUGUAGUAUAUGUGCAUAUGGUUAAAAGAAGGCCCCUGUGUGUGUGUAUGAUUAAUGUGUAAGAGUGUGUGUGUAUGUAUGUAUGUAUGUAUGUAUGCGUGUGUGUGUGUGUGUAUAUAUAUAUAUAUAUAUAUAUAUAUAUAUAUAAAAGGGGUUGAAGCUAAUUUUUUUAACACUUUUUUUAUUGUGAAUUCUAAAUACACAUGUGUCAAGCAUAGUUUCAGCUACAGGAAGUUUUGAAGCUAAUUUUUUAAGUAUUUUUAGCAAAUGAUGUAGACCUGCUUGCCAUAGAACAUAACAUAUUAAGUGUGUUCUGGAUAAGAACUUAAAACCCACCUUCUUUCAUGAGUCAUAACAUGGCUAUAAAAAGCUACAAUAUAAUCUGCCAGUUAUGAAUUGGAGGUGAUGUCAAUAAUUAAAAAAUAUAAUGUUAAUUAUUAUUAUUUUAUUACUAUUUAUAUAGCGCCAGCAAAUGCCGUAGUUCUGUACAAUGGAAUGGUAGGGAUUGUAUGCUGUAUUGUUUAUGAAAUGUAAUUUCUAUGAAUUAAAGUAAAGGGAGUGAUAUGAUGGCCUGGGGGUUAGACUGUUUCCAGUAUUUUAAUGGUUGGAUUGUUCCCCAGUAAUUAGCUGCCAUAGACUUACAGCACAAUAACCACUACACUUAUCUGUAGGGGUUAUGGUACUUACACUGCUACUUUAAUCCAUGAGUACACUGUUUAAAUUACCAUAGGAAAUAGAUUUUUUAAGGUAAAUAAAAAAAACAAAAAAACUGCCGUAUUAAUGAUGAGGGCAAGAUACUGAAGUAAAUAGAGCAUCCAUAUGUAUUACAGUUCAAUAUCGAUGAAUGGUAAACCAUGGGCAUCUGGUAAAUUUCUCUAAAAAUGAAAUUGAGCAAAAUCACCUCUCAGUAGCAAUAUAUGCCGAUGCACUUUUCAAUUCUACAAUUCUAAAGCAAAUUGGUUGCAGGUCUAAAAAAAUAGCUGUAUGUUUUUCCAGCAUUAGUCAGAUGUUCUGUUUAGAGGUGGUCAAUUUUGAAAUUGCACCACAAUAUUUAGACUAUCAGGCCAGGGAUAAUUGUCCAUUUAGAAAAUAAAAGCCUGAUCCGGAGAUAUCUUUAUACAAAAAAAUUACGGGAAGGUUUGUUUCUCGCACACGUGAUGCAGUAUGUCCAUAGGCUUUGAAUUAAGCUGCUAAAGAAUUUAAAAAGGUAGAGUGUAGUUGACCAAAAAACUUACAGGAAGUUCAUAUUGACCGAAAUAUUUUGGUUGGUUUGUAUGUAUGUGUUUGUUUGUUUUUAAAGGUAAACUAAGCCGUUUUCCUGGCACUAUGGCUCCGUAUUGUGCCCAAAGUCUGAAGUGGCUUGGGUGCCUACAGUAUCCAUUUAGUAAGAAAGUAAACAAAAAAAAACAAAAAAAGUUUUAAAAACAUAUGGUAUAGAAAGUUUUUUUUAUUUCAGUUCGGUUGUCUAAUUUUAAGAAUUAAUGAAAAGUCAUGAACAUGCAACCAGAAUUUCUGAUGGCAGUCGCUUUAGCCGUACUGGAACAGACUGUCAAACAGUCAUGUGAAGGAAUCAAAACAUAAACUAAUGAAUGUAAAAACUAUACAGGCUAGUUGUGUGUUGAGAUAAAAAAGACAUCCUAUUUUACAGUUUACUGGGAACGUUUUAUGUAUGCAUGUAUGAAGACGGCAGGAUGUAUGAUCUGGCUUUGACAGUAAAAAUAUUGAGAUCAAAGAAGCCAAUUACUCAUCAUUUCAUCUUUUCAGAUCCCCAUCCAAAACCAGAGUGGAGCGUCGCAUACCUCAUCACGCCACCUCAGUCUCUGCCAAAUCUGCCAUCUUGGGUAAAGUGGGUCAGAUCACCCGUAUCCAACGCGCCAAGGCAAUGGUGGACAGGCGCAAACUUGGACGCAAGAGUUUGCAAAGGCAAAACAUUGCAAAGCAGUUUCAUGAACGCGCUAAUGUGCGACAGCGCACCUUCUUGUGCCAACCACGGCAGCGCCAGAGCAACCACUAA